AUGUACAAAAUCGAAAAUUUUGCUGAUUUGCUCAGAGGUCGCCUAGACGAAGACCUUGAAUUCGUUAGCUACAGUGCCAAGAGUUUAACAGGGCCAGGAGAAAAUUAUGGAAGUGUAAUGUUAAGUGUUGAAAUCAAGUGCAAGAAUAAGAAAUUUGAUAAAGAGGAGAUCAUAUAUGCAGUUGCAAAAACUCCACCACAAAACGAAUUCAUGCAGCAAAUGUUUCAAACGAAAGUAACAUUUAAGGCUGAAAUCGAGUUUUAUAAAACGAUAUUCCCUUUGAUGCAAGAAUUGCAAAAGAAACAUGGAAUGAAACCGCUGCAAUAUCAUGCUAAAUUGUUAGGCGAAAGAUUAAACCUACAAAACACUGAUGUAGUAGAUUCAAAUGCUGUUUUAUUGCUGGAAAAUAUUGCAGUUAAAGGAUUUAAAUGCGCCGAUAGAAUGAAAGGUUUUGAUUUUGAAACCAUAAAGCUAAUUUUGAAAGAUUUAGCAAACUUCCAUGCCACCGGUAUCGCAUUAAAGUUGCAGUGUCCCGAUGACUUCAAUAUAAGAGUAAAACCAUUCUUAAACCUAAAGAUUUUUGGGAAAACCGCUGGAGGAGAGAAUGCUAAGUUUUGGGAGGACAAAAUUAGAGUAUCCAAGGAAGCUAUAAGCGAGAACCAUGAAUUAAAAAAAUAUUUACCUGCUUUUCUCGACAUAAUCGAAAAAAAAUUAGAUCAGUCAGCCAAUGAACCAUUCGCCACCAUAGUCCAUCAUGAUCUCUGGGUGAAUAACUUAAUGUUAAAAGAAGAAAACGGAAAAUUCAUCGAAAAUAAAUUUGUUGACUUCCAAGUCACUCGUUUCCUAUCUCCAGCCGACGAUGUGCUCUUCAUUCUUCUAACCAGUAUAGAAAAUGAUAUUCUCAUAGAAAAAUUCGAUUAUCUAGUUCAAUUUUACUACGAGCACUUUUUAGCUGCCCUUAAAAAGCUCGACGUGAACACGAAACCUUUCUCAGAAGAAGCCUUUGAACAAGAAAUUAAGAAUGCAUAUCCACGCCAACUAUAUCAUACAGUAUGCAUGCUAUAUCUUAUUUUUAUGGACAAAUCCAAAGCGGCGGAGUUCGAUCCUGAAACUGCUCCACCAAUGGAAGCGUCCAAUGCACAAAAAUUACGUACUAAACUUAAAUUAGUGUCCAAUAUGUACAAAAUCGAAAAUUUUGCUGAUCUGCUCAGAGGUCGCCUAGACGAAGACCUUGAAUUCGUUAGCUACAGUGCCAAGAGUUUAACAGCGCCAGGAGAAAAUUAUGGAAGUGUGAUGUUAAGUGUUGAAAUCAAGUGCAAGAAUAAGAAAUUUGAUAAAGAGGAGAUUAUUUAUGCAGUUGCAAAAACUCCACCACAAAACGAAUUCAUGCAGCAAAUUUUUCAAACGAAAGUAACAUUUAAGGCUGAAAUCGAGUUUUAUAAAACUAUAUUCCCUUUGAUGCAAGAAUUGCAAAAGAAACAUGGAAUGAAACCGCUGCAAUAUCAUGCUAAAUUAUUAGGUGACAGAUUAAACCUACAAAAUACUGAUGUAGUAGAUUCAAAUGCUGUUUUAUUGCUGGAAAAUAUUGCAGUUAAAGGAUUUAAAUGCGCCGAUAGAAUGAAAGGUUUUAAUUUUGAAACCAUAAAGCUAAUUUUGCAAGAUUUAGCAAACUUCCAUGCCACCGGUAUCGCAUUAAAGUUGCAGUGUCCCGAUGACUUUAAUAUAAAAGUAAAACCAUUCUUAAACCUGAUGAUUUUUGGGGAAACCGCUGGAGGAGAGGAUGAUAAGUUUUUGGAGGACACUAUUAGAGUAUCCAAGGAAGCUAUCAGCGAGAAUCAUGAAUUAAAAAAAUAUUUACCAGCUUUUCUCGACAUAAUUGAAAAAAAACUAGAUCAGUCAGCCAAAGAACCAUUCGCCACCAUAGUGCAUCAGGAUCUCUGGGUAAACAACUUAAUGUUAAAAGAAGAAAACGUAAAAUUUAUCGAAAAUAAAUUUGUUGACUUUCAAGUCACUCGUUUCCUAUCUCCAGCCGACGAUGUGCUCUUCCUUCUAUUGACCAGUAUAGAAAACGAUAUUCUCAUGGAAAAAUUCGAUUAUCUAGUGGAAUUUUACCAAGAGCACUUUUUAGUUACCCUGAAAAAGCUCGACGUGAACACGGAACCUUUCUCAGAAGAAGCCUUUGAACAAGAGAUUAAGAAUGCAUAUCCACGCCAACUACAGCAUACACUAACCAUGCUAUUUCCUAUUUUUAUGGACAAAUCCAAAGCGAUGGAUAUGACUGAGUUUAAUCCUGAAACUGCUCCUCCAGUGGAAGCGUCCAAAGAACAAAAAGAAAAAAUAUACAGUAUAGUUAAACUACUUGCUAAGAAAGGCUGGUUGUAA